UCUUGCUGGAGAGAUUAUUCAACACCGUGAAGGAAAAACUCUGCAGAGGGAGCGAUAGAAAAUGGAGAGAAGACUUCACGAAGCAUCAAUGAGAGGUGAUGUUACUUCACUAAAGGAGUUACUGGAAGAGGACCCUAUCCUUCUUACUCGAGUGAUUACUAGCUUCGAAUACGAAAACCCUCUAGACAUAGCAGCUAUGUGUGGCCACGUAAUGUUCGCUGAAUUGAUUCUGCAUGAGAAGCCUGAACUCGCCACCCACGUAAACCAAAAAGGUUUAUGUCCUCUGCAUUUGGCUGCCCAAGGAAAUAGUAUUGACAUGGUGAAAGAGCUCGUCGAUGCAAAUCCAGAUGUUUGUAGCCUCACCGAUCAACACGGGAGAACACCUCUACACUUGGCCGCCAUGAAAAAUCGAACUGAAAUCAUGAAGAUUUUAAUAGAGAAACAUCCAAAAGCAAUCCAAAUGCUAGCCGAAUAUCAAAGUGAGACCAUCUUACACUUAUGCGUUAAGCAUAAUAGUUUGGAUGCUCUGAAGCUCCUGGUGGAUGAAAUGAGAAAUCCACAUACCAAUACAGAAAUAUUUUGGGAAGGUGGAUCUAUAUCUGUCAACUCGAAGGAUGGUGAUGGUAACACUAUAUUGCAUCUCUCUGUUGCAAGAAGAAACAUGAAGAUUAUAAAGUACUUGUUGAAUAGUAGCACAGGACUAGUUGAACAAAAUGCUAUAAACAAUAAGGGUUUCACAGCAAUGGAUAUUUUGAUAAAGAGUGAUCAAAGAGAGUUAAAUGAUAUGGAAAUUCAAGAUAUUCUUCAAGAAGCUGGAGUUUUACAAUCUGAUUCCAUACAACAGUUGGAAGGAUCUCACCACGAUGAUCAAAAUCCUCAAGACGGCCCAAAUAAUGAGAUCAGUAUAACGGUCGCGAAGAACAAGUUUGAAGAAGGAAAAUAAGAAUAUACUAAUGGUAGUAUCGUCUCU